AUGAAAUCCGCGGGUCCAAUCGCGCAUGGGGUUCGGAGAGGCCUCGGAGAAGCACUAUGUAACAGGAAUUAUACUGCUCGGCCAUUGGCAUCUCUAAUCCGAACCUCCCCGCAAUCCUUCACCCGACACCCAUCACAAUGCGCUCAAAGGCAUAACAGCAGUACGGCUGCUUCCCCUCGAGAUGCUCAGCUGGAAACGAGCGCUACGGCUUCUCCAAAGCAAUCCACGACUUCCAUAUCCGAUCAAGUCCGCCUCCUCAUGCGCCGGGUCCCCUAUCCCGUUGCAAUUAUCACAGCAACCGACCCCUCGGGGCCUGAAGAAACAUCCUUCCGCGGCAUGACAGUCUCAUCUUUCAGCACCGUAACUCUAACACCCCAUCCUGUGAUCUCAUUCAAUGUGCGCCGACCGUCAGAGACACUGAACGCACUGCUUGCGUCACGCCGCUUCCUGGUCCAUCUGCUAGCGCCUGGUCCUGCAACUGCUACGUUAGCAAGGGACUUCUCGAAGGGCAAUGCCACUUUGACUGCUAUGUUGAGCGGACAUGGAGAGUUUGAAUUUGCCGCCUUGGACGCUGGAAACGAGAGACCGCUUCCUAUUUUGAGGCGAAAGGGAUCUGGCGAUUCCAAUACGGACUUUCCUUUCGUGUUAGAGUGUACGCUACAUCCCGAGAAGAUCGACGUCCAUGAUCAUUCCAUCGUUCUUGGGACUGUUGUGAGAACGAUUGAGGGGCCUGAGCCCGAGGCCUCGGGGCCGGAGGGUCGGGUGGAUGAGCAUUCGCCCGAUCGGCUUUGUUUGGCGUAUGCCAAUACCAAGUUCUGGAAAAUGGGUGGUGAGAUUUGA